GUCCUUCCUCGCGGGGCUGGUCCUCGAGCUGUGGCUCGUCGACGGCUCCCUCGGCCCGCCCGACCCGGCGGAAGGGCACAUGUGGGAUGGCGAGUCGGACCCUCAGGACCCUAACGUCGCGGCCCAGGACGGGGUCUGGCAGGAGGUGGCGGGCACCAGGGACAGGUUCCUGGUGUACAGCGCCUUCCACGACGGGCGGGGGUCGAGGGCGCUGGUGCGCGUGGUGGGAGCCGCGCGCACCUCGCGGCCAGACCGCGUGUGGUGUCGCCUGCUAUACCCGACCCGCGCCGUCACCGUGCUGGCCAGGGUCAAGGUGAUCCGCGAGAACUGGCGGCUGCGCUACAGCGCGUGCUUCGUGCUGUGCCCGCUGCGGGGUGGGGAGCCGGGGGAGGCGCCGGCCUCAGUGUCUGUGGUGAGCCGCGUGCGCGCGGCGCCGGCCAACCACCUCCGAGUGAACCGCGCGGGCAACUCCAGCGCUCCGGAGGCCUCCGUCGCCGUCUGCGUCAAGCCGCUGCACUUCUCCUACAACCAGCCGCUGCAGAUGCUGGAGUUCCUGGAGCUGUACGGCCUGCUGGGAGUGCGCCACUUCACGCUCUACAACCACACCAUCGGGCCGCAAGUGGCCUGCGUGCUGGAAGACUACGUGUCGCGCGGCUCCGUCACCUUGCUGCCCUGGCAGCUCAACAUGGCGUCGCAGAAGGAGAUCCGCACCGAGGGCUUGUUCGCGGCGCUCAACGACUGCCUGUACCGCAGCAUGCACCGCUACUCGUACGUGGCGCUGGUGGACCUGGACGAGUUCAUCGUCCCGCGCCACAACGACACCCUGCAGGACCUCAUCAGAGAGCUAGACAACGGAAGCUACCCGGACACCGGCUGCUACAUCUUCCAGAACGCCUUCUUCUACCUGCAGUGGGGGGACGACGUAGCGGCGCUGGCGUCGGGCGACCAGCUGGAGCGCAGCCUCGUGACGCUGCGCAAGACGCGGCGGUCAGCCGAGCUGCACCCUUACAAGAAGCGCUCCAAGUACCUGUGCCGGCCCGAGCGCGUCGUCGAGGCGGGCAACCACUUCGCGUGGCAGUACCUGAGGUGGGAGCACCGCGCGCUCAACGUGCCGCCAGACGCCGCCAUCCUGCACCACUACCGCGCGUGCGAGUUCGGCGGCGACGACUGCGUCAGGACUGCGUCCGCGCUCGACCGCACCGCGCGCCGCUACCGCGCGCCGCUGCUGCAGCGCGUGGCGGCCCGGUGGCGCCUGCUGGGGCGGCGCUGCGGCCUGCCCGUACUCUGACCCCGGUUCCAGCUGCCCGCCAGCACCGGCCUUCUGCCCGCGCUAAACCCUUCUCAUUUUUGUUUUCUUACCGUUCAUUGAAGUCUCGACAAACUGCUGAAGAUCGAAACUAUUAAAAAAAAAAAAUUGGUUGUCUGUAAAGUCGGUUUACGAACGAUAGUUUAACGUGACAACGUCAUAACAAAAACAUUGAUGAA